UGUAUAUUGAAGAUUCACUUCAAAAAGCAAAAAAAGAAAGUUUUCGAUUGGCAAAUGGAUUCUUUCGAUUCGGUUUCAAAAGAAAGUUAUUCAGAAAUAUACGAUGAGUCGGAAGUUUCUGGCGAACCAAUUGAGAAUUUUCCUCAACAUAUAGUUGGACUUAAAAAAAUUUUACGUUCAAGCCUUGGCGGAGAGAACGCAUUAAAAGUUGAGGAGUUUAAAGAGGCUUUUGAAAUGAUUGGGUUCAAAAACGAUGAAUUUAAAACGCUAAUUUGUCCCGUUAAUAAUAAAGGAAAAAGUUGCAUUGAUCUUACCAAAUUUGUUGAACUGAUUCUUAACGACUUAAAACUAGAAAUGAACGAAGGUGAAAAAGAUGAAGAUCUACAAAAAGAAACUGAUAAAUGCGUGGCUGCGUUUCUUGUAUUUGACCCAUAUGACACAGGAUUCAUUUCGUUGUUAGAAUUACGCACGAUAUUGUUAGAACUAGGAGAUCAACUAACGGAGGAGGAAUGGAACGAUUUUGUAAAGAUUACUGAUAUCGAACGCGAUGGUCAAAUUAACUAUGAAGUAGCUACAGAGACUUUUUACAAAUAUUUCAAUCGUUCCGUCUAAAAAACUGUUAUUAGAAUCUUAACAACUUGUCUAUAUUUUCAAUAUAAAGAGCUUGAAUUAUUCAUAUCAUUGACACCGUAAUAAUAUUAUCAACAUUGUAACAUUGUAAGGUUGCAAGCAUAUUGUCACUCAACGCUUUUUUUUUUUAGAUUUAUUUAACGGUUUGUUGACGAUUAUCUUAUAAUCAAGUAUAAAAGGCAAUAUUUUAUUUUCAAUAUAAUGUCUAGAACAAAAAAUAUUUCUACGAGAAUUAUA